AUGUCCAUCUGGGACUCAUUCAGUGGCCGCAAGCAGAACAAAGGCGCGGAUGCCUUUGACUCUGCCGCGCCAGAUGCUACCUCAUUCCUCUCCGAAGUUGCCAUCGCCGAUCCCUCCAGACUUCAUCCGUUAGCCGGCCUAAAUCAAGAGACGCUUGACUACCUUACACUCGAAGACACCUCCCUCGAUCAGCUUCCCGGUUCGCAAUCUAUCCUGCCGUCUCGAGGAUGGUCAGACGACCUUUGCUAUGGAGUCGGAACGACCUAUCUCGCAGCUCUGACAAUCGGAGGAGCCUGGGGGUUGGCAGAAGGGCUUCAACGAACACCAGCGAAUGCGCCUCCUAAGAUUCGUCUGAACGGCGUGUUGAACUCAAUCACCCGGAGAGGGCCUUUCCUCGGAAACUCCGCAGGCGUGGUGGCUAUGGUAUAUAACGGUAUUAAUUCUUUCGCUGGAUAUGCGCGAGGGAAGCAUGACGCGGCCAACAGCAUUGCUGCUGGUGCUAUCAGUGGAAUGGUCUUCAAGAGUACUCGAGGUCUCAAGCCCAUGUUGAUCUCCGGUGGAAUUGUGGCCGGAAUUGCAGGAACAUGGAGUGUUGCGAAGAAGGCCCUCUUCUAA